AUGUGUGACGUGAGGGACGACUUCUACCUAGAUUGGGAAGGUUCCAAGGACAAGGACAGGGAUAUGGAGGUUGAGGAGUACGAUGCAGCUUCCGCAGAUGACCUUGGCGCUGGCGACGGGAAGGAGAGAUCGGAGACUUCAUCCUCUUCCAGGGUAGAUAUGGCAGUUGCUGUCGGCAAGCUUCCCAUCGAAGAAGGUAACUUCCUCCUUUCGUGGAAGCUCCAAGCUGUUAGCAGUCCAAGGACCAGAGUGUCUGUCUUCUCCCAUAUAAACCUCCCCAACCCGACAUCCAUCCUCUCUUCCAUCUCUUCUUUAUCCUUCGUCUGCCAACGACACCACAGCAUCCCUCUACUUUUUUGGACCAACACACAUUCUGCCAGCAUUCCUUUCAAGUCACUUCUUCCACUCAGAAAUACGCCACUCGGCAACAUCAAAAGCAAGGCGACCGAGAUGUUCUCUCUCUCUAUUGUCACUCUGACACUAGCUGCCCUUGGCAUUGCCAGCCCCAUUAACGUCAAGCCUCGUCACCACGAGGAAGUCAAACCUCGGCAUCAUGAAGAGAUUCAACCCAGGUCUCACAAUGUCCCAAGCUUCGAGACACUGAAACUUGAAACAACCACCAACGUGGGCUCUGCCGUCUCCAAGAUGAUUCCCGGUGUUGGAAAUGAUUGGGGAUGCAAUCAUAUCACUGCCCCAAACCCCCUUGACUGCCCAGCCCUUUUCGCAAAGAUACAAUCCGGGCAAAAGGAUGGAGUCACCGUAUCGACCGACAAAACUUGCUUCACCCAGACUCAUGGUACAUGCAAGGCCACCGUCUGCUCAGCUGGUGGAGUUGACAAUGUGGACUAUUCGUUGACAACUGCACGGAUGAUGAACCCGAUUCAAACAACGUGCGUUGUCAAUGGGAAAAGUGGCUACUGGUGGAACGAGAACCACACAGUCUACGUCUCGGUCACGCGUGGCAACUAG